AUAACACCAACAUCCAAAAUGGCGUCUAGCCGCCAUUAUGAUCAGGAGAUCAGAUUUGACGGGAGGAACGAAGACGAUGAUCAGGAUGAAGUGGAGAUUUACUCCGUGAGCGGACGACGGAGCAGGCGGGGUGCAGAUAGGCGGGGGAUGCAAGCCUCUCGUUUCGGGGCCACGGAUGAGGACAUCGAGUUACAACUUCAGCCAAACCAAAACUCCGUAAAGCGAGUCAAGUCGACCCAUGAACUUGGUCCCUCUGCCUACCAGACGGCAAUGGAGCAGAGGAACCCUUCGGGGUCGCAGGAGCGAGCUGAAGAACUGGAUGAGGCCAUGGAGAGACUGCUGGAGCUUGUUGGAUUCGGGAAGUUGCAAUGGCUGAUGCUGAUUGUGUGCGGCUGGGGGAUGGUCUACGGCAGUGUUCAGUUGGGGUUCAUCGGGUAUUUGCUGCCGGACAUUGCACGGGAUUUAUGUCUGACCGAUGAGUCCACUGGAUGGUUGAGAGGCUCCGUGUUUAUUGGAGUGAUAUUUGUGAGCAUCAUCUGGGGAUGCGCUGCCGAUCUUGGUAGCAGACGGAAAACCCUGAGUGUGUGUCUGAUUAUAAGCGGAGUCUCCACGGCAAUGGCAGCGUGCUUCGCCCGGAGCCACACGGCUCUGCUGGUGUUUCUUAUCAUCGCAAGUCUUGGAACCGGCGGUGUGAUCUCGAUCCCCUUCGCCUAUUUGACUGAGUUUGUACCGAGACGAAUUGCACAUAAGACGGUGUGUGCUCUUCUUACAUUCACGGUCAUCGGCGCCAUGUUAACUCCAAUUGUAACUGCAGCAUUUGCCUCAAGCUUGACAGACGGAGACUUUGCUCGCAGCCCAUUCGCGAACUGGCGUAUAUUCUGUUUAGUGACGUCGCUGCUUCCCGUGGUAUCGGCCGUACUUCUCCCAACGAUUCUCCCCGACAGCCCAUAUCUAUUAGCAGAGACAAGGAAAUGGACAGAGACUAUCCAGGUCUUGACGCAGGCGUACUCGUACAACCGUGGUAACUCGCACCUUGAAAUGUUUAAAGACAGGGCCAAUGGGCUGUAUCUGCUAAAACGGCAUACCAGAGACCGACAGUCAUUCGCUCCGAGCACAAAACUUCAGAACUGCGCCAGAAAGUUAUAUUUAGGUUGUAAAAAUAUUACGUCUCUCAUGGACAAAAACGCAUUUAUCUUGGCGACCAGUGCCUUCGCUUUUGCAUUCGGGUAUUGCUCCUGGACGUUGUGGCUAUCGGAUUUCAUAACGGCCGAGGGUAUCUCAUCUAACGCCAGCGUCUCGGCAAACAGCAUACUAAGCGACGAAACCCUUGGGGGAACUCUACAGACUCAUUUCUUCAACAACACAACAUUCCAGAAUGUCUCUUUUUCGAGCAUCCUCCUGAGGGGCGUGUCCUACACCGAUUGCUCUUUCGUCGGGGGGAGCUCAUUCGAGAGGGUCGUCAGCGAAGCCACCUCGUUCAACCGCUGCAUGUUCGUCAGUACGGUGUUCACAGACACGGACUUCCAGCCGUGGCAGUUCGUGAGCAGCGAGUUCGUCAACGCCUCGUUCCGGGGUACGGGGAAGGGUUGCGCCGUGGAUGUACCUUUUGCCCCCGUGACGGCGUACUGGCAGAUAAUGUUCGGCCACAGUGGGGGCCUGCUUGGUCUUCUACUGUCGGUAUUCAUUACGCGACUGAUUGACACUAGACUACUUUUCAUGUACGGAACUCUUGUAACUGCAGUGACCAUCGUCUUCGGUUUCUUUCCCCUCACGGGCUGGACGGCUGCCGUGCGCCAGUUUGUACUUCAGUUCGGUGGAUUUGCCUCCUGUAGCGCCAUCAUCGUUCAAGUGUUACUGUCGUUUCCAACACACAAGCGGGUUACAUGCCUUGGCUUAGUGCUAUCUGUUGUCACAACGGGCGGUCUUCUCGGUUUCAUGGCGGUGGUUGUGCUUCCACAAGUCGCUGACAUCAUCGUGACGGCUUCGCUACUUUUAGUCGGAGUAUUGUGUUCGUGCUGUUUCCAGAGACAUUCGCUGGUGUAAAAUGGAAAGAUGGAGCAUGGAUUGAUUGUACAUAAAGAAUUGUACAUUACGUGUACAUACGUCAAACUUUAAAAGGUCAACUUAAAAGAGUUGUACUUCAUAUAUGGAACACUGAGUGUUACCUGAAGAAGAUUACCAUAAUCAGAGCCGUGUAUAUUGAGAUGCGACAAUUUGCAAAAUUUGAAUUAUCACGCUUGG